AUAAUAAGACUUGCUGUAUAUAAAUGUAUGUGCCUAAAAGUUAUCUUGACCUAGGUAACUUGAGGCAAAAAAGCGUUGCGUGGUCAUGAUCACGUAUCGACCAAACGAGACCGACGUUACGAAAGGACAGCAUUUAAAAUUCUCGGAAACUCUUUAAAUAAACUCUACAUAAUUCCAGCUACUAUACUUUUAGUACCAAAAUUUUGAAAUGGACAUGUUUCCAACACAUCUCGAUGGGAUACCCAAAAACCGGUUGGAUCUGGUUAAUGAUUUAGAGUUACCAGACGUAACUGUGUCUCCGUAUGUCUGGCAUCCCGAAGAAUCUUUGAGCAGCUGUUCGUCUCUUGAGGACGAUCAAACGGUAUCUUCGGAUUCGAGCUUGGCUCUAUCCCGGGCUAUGACUGAUUCUGAGAUUGAUUACGGAAGAUAUAAGAGGUUAAAAAACCGAAGGUUCAGUGACCCGUGGAUUGAAUUGAAGACAGCUUUAGAUGCCUUUCCUCCUCGGUAUAUAGAGUCUCUAAACAGUUUUCAAGAUAAUACAUCUGAAAGCACAGAGGCGAGUGUAGAAAGAAGGCGCUACUCUGAGGAGCUGCGUCUGAAGAUGGAGAGGUUCUUUGAAGAAGAGUGUAGGGUGUUCAGCCCUGAUGACCCUGGUCUGCUUGCGUUGGAAGAAGCUUUAAGAAAUUGCAAUUUUAAGGUUUAAUAAACUUAUAUUAAUGGUUCCACUGUCCUGACUUCUCAUAGUAUAUAUUCCGACUUUUUAACACACCAUUUAAUGGAAUUUACACAAUGUUACUGAUGCCAGAUAUAAAAAAAAAUCAGUGGUGCUACCUCUUUAGGUUUUGGCUUCAGAUUUCUGAAUCAGCUGUUUAAUGAUCAGUUAUAAAUCUGAAAUGCAAGUAGGUGAUCAGCCUCCAGU